CCAAACAUUGCUUUCGCUACUUGCGCACCACUAUUUUGGAAAUCAUUUAUCGUCUCGACUCAACCAUAUUCAAUAUUCCUUUUGGACGCUCUAACAGUCUUAACAGAAAUGUUUAUUCCAUAUCAUACGGGAGGAGCUUCAUUUUAGCCAGGGAAUCUUUAUCUUCGAUAGCAUUACAAAUUUCAACACGAUAACAUUGUUUCUACCCAGCAUUUCAAAAAUUCAGAGUGCAAUUUUAUAUUUUAUUCGUUAAGUUGCAUCAAAUUUUACCUGUGGUGGAGAAUUUGCCACAAAAUAUAAUGAAAAUUGGCGGUACUUGCUCCCUGGGGCUUACCUGCAUUAAUUGACGGAAAAACUUUACACAGAUGCGGAAAGAAUUGGAGAAAACCUUCAAUUAUUUGCUGGAUUGAAGGAUGUCUGUAUUAUGUAGAAUACAGCUGCCCUUUGUAGGUCCAGGUCAGUUCAUGACGCCGCUAAAUCCUAUGGUAAUUCGGGGUUCGAAACCUGGAAAGUGCAAUUUUUGUUUUCAGGGGUUGCAUAAGAAUGGAAUGAUGAGAAGCAGGGUUGAAGUGAGAGGACCUCUGGAGAAAAUUGCAGUUCAGAGGUUGCCUCUUGUGUCGAUUAAGUGUGUUAUGACUGCGGGGACUGCUCUUGCAGCGGCUGCAACAAGCGGAUAUUUACAUGCUGCGGUCACUUCUACAAUAACAAACGUGGCGAUUACAGCGGUUGCGAUUGCUUCUGGUGCAUGCCUUUCCACAAAGAUCGAUUGCCUGUGGCCACGAGGGGAGCAGGGACCAGAUUCUGUUGAGUUGGAUGGAGUGGACAUUACAGGCUAUACAAUAUUCAAUGAGCCAAAGGUGCAGAAAGCAGUAACAUUUGCUAGAAAAGCACAUAGUGGUCAGACAAGAAAAACAGGGGAGCCGUAUUUGACUCAUUGUAUCCACACAGGGAAAAUUCUCGCUGCAUUAGUCCCAUCUAGUGGGCAAAGGGCUGUCAAUACCGUAGUUGCAGGCAUACUUCAUGAUGUCAUAGAUGAUACUGGGGAAAAUUUGAAAAAUGUAGAACAGAAUUUUGGUGAUGAUGUUGCAAGGCUAGUUGCUGGUGUCUCAAAGUUAAGCUACAUCAAUCAGUUGCUACGCAGACAUCGGAGGACAAAUGCCAAAGAAAAUGCUUCAGAAAAUGGUUAUCUAGCCCUUGCUGAGGUGGACAAUCUACGAGUUAUGCUUCUUGGUAUGGUCAAUGAUCCUCGUGUGGUCCUUAUAAAGCUAGCUGACCGUUUGCACAAUAUGCGAACAAUUUAUGCACUACCACCAUCAAAAGCUCGAGCUGUUGCUCAAGAGACUUUAGCUAUAUGGUGCUCACUUGCUUCUAGGUUGGGACUUUGGGCUAUGAAAUCUGAGUUAGAAGAUCUUUGUUUCGCAGUCCUCCAACCUCAGGUAUUUCGUAAUUUACGUGCUGAACUAGCAGCAAUUUGGAUGCCUAGUAGAGAACAGAGAUAUCUCAGGAGGAUCAUGCAAAGCACCAGGCAUAGGAGAUCUUUGCAUGACAGUAAAGAUGAGUCUAAUUUGGUAAAGCGAGAUGACUUCCAUACUGAUGAUGGACAUAUAAUUAAGGAACUUAUACAAGCAGUUCCACCUUUUGAAUUAUUACUUGAUCGAGGAAAGCGGAGUCACAUCCUAAGUAACUUUGCAAAGAAUUCUAAUGCUGAAAGCCAGAAGCCUAAAAUUGUCCGUGAUGCUGAAAUUGCCAUUGCAUCUCUUACUGCUUGUGAGGAGGCCAUUGAGAAAGAACUGGUUUUAUCAACAUCGUACAUUCCAGGAAUGGAGGUAACACUCUCCGGACGUUUGAAGAGCCUCUAUAGCACAUAUUGCAAGAUGAAACGAAAAGGAGUGUCAAUUGAGCACAUCUAUGAUGCCCGAGCAUUGCGUGUCAUAGUUGGGGAUGGAGGGGGGAAGAUGCAUGCUGCUGCUAUUGAGUGCUGCUAUAGCCUUCUCAAUGUUGUUCAUAGCCUUUGGACUCCAUUAGAUGGUGAAUUUGAUGACUAUAUUGUGAAUCCCAAACCUAGUGGUUACCAGUCUCUUCACACUGCAGUAAAGGGACCUGAUGGAUCACCUUUGGAAGUACAGGUCCGCACACAGUGUAUGCAUGAAUCUGCGGAAUAUGGACAUGCGGCACACUGGCUUUAUAAAGAAGCUCGAAAUGCAGGAAGAUCCAUCUCCUUCCCAGGUAAUGCUAAUAAUUUUGCCCUUCCAGAGGGAGAUGAUAUCAUAGGAAAAAGUACCAAUCAAGAAACAGAGAAAGAUGCUGAUAAGGAAGGGUAUCUAAGUAUCAACUCUAUAAGAGUAGGCCAUCCUGUUCUCAGAGUUGAAGACAGUCGUUUACUUGCUGCAGUAGUUGUGAGAGUAGAUGAUGGUGGAAAAGAACUACUUGUAGCCGUGAGUUUUGCUCUUGCUGCUUCUGAAGCUGUGGCGGCAGGCAGGUUGAGCAAUCAGACAAAGCGAUGGGAAGCUUAUGCAAAGCUUUACAAAAAGGUGUCAGAAAAGUGGUGGUUUGCACCUGGGCAUGGAGAUUGGAGCACUUUCAUAGAGAAGUAUGUUCUUUGUCGAGAUGGGAUUUACCAUAAGCAAGACCAAUUUCAACGUUCACUUCCAACAUUCAUCCAGCUUUUAGAUCUUAACAUAGAAGAAAAUGAAGAAUAUUGGAAAGUGAUGUCUACAGUUCUAGAAGGAAAGGAGGUUGAUAUUGAAUCGUCAUCUUCUAAUUGCUCUGGAAAGUCAAAUAUCGGUACACCUGUUUCUGCUCUCUCAACAACAACGCAUCUUAACAAUAAGGUACGUCUUCUGAGAUCAAUGCUUGAAUGGGAGCAGCAAUUGCGCAAUGAAGUUGUCUUUGGCACAGCUAGUGCAUCGAUUCCUGCUGUUCCAAAGUCUGCAGUGCUAACAGAGGUUGCCAUUAUACGAUGGCCACAUGGGGAAAUCAUGCGACUGAAAUAUGGCAGUACUGCUGCUGAUGCUGCUAGAAGAUUAGGACUGGAUGGAAGAUUUGUAUUUGUUAAUGGCCAGAUUGCACUUCCCCACACACAGUUGAAAGAUGGUGAUGUGGUUGAAGUAAGAACCUGAUUGCAUUGGGCACACUCAAACAGGGGCUUGGAUUCAAAAUUGAUAGUUCAAACAUGAAGUACCUACAGAAGAAUAUUCCAGGCUCGUCAAGUCCCAAGUUUUCAAACUGUUUGGGCUCUCUUCAAAAAAAUGAGAAAUUGAUUGAAAAGCCCACAAGCAAUAUUUCGUUGCACGUGUACACUACAAAUUUGUCGACAACUAUCACCAUCAUAGAUGGAUGGGAAAGGAGAUUGUAAGUAUGGUAGUCAUCUUGUAGAUGAUCCAAUUCAAUUCAGUCAUUUGUAAAGCAUUUCCACUUUUUAGGCCCAUUUCCUUCAUUCAAUGUGAUAAAAAUAUUAGCUUGAUUACCAUGCUUGCUUGUAAAAUUUAAGAGUGCUCACUCCUGGAAGAUGAACUUUUUGUUAGCAUUAUUAUAAUCGAUAUUAUUGAAUCAUUUUAUUUGGUGCUCACAUGGUCAAAACAAUGCAUGAAUGCUUUUGACCUUAUUAUUGAAUAUUCUCCAGAUGAUCACUUUGAAAAAAUUCACGAUUAGCAAGACCCUGAGUUGAA